AGCCAAAGAUGACGGCUCAGUCAUGUGAUCAGCUGUGUCCAAUCACAGCUGAUCACAUGGGACAUGUACACUGAUCAUCAGGGCACUGCUGAUCAGUGUGCCCUGAUGAUCAGUGUAGCCCCAGCAGUGCCACCUGUCAGUUUCCAUCAGUGCCUCGUGUUAGUGCUCAUCAGUGCCUCGUGCCAGUGCCCAUCAGUGCCACAUCAAUGCCACAUAUCAGUGCCUACCAGUGCACAUCAAUGCCACAUAUCAGUGCCCAUCUGAACUGCCUUUCAGUGUCACCCAUCAGUGCCACCUAUCAAUGCCAAUCAGUGCCACCUAUCAGUGCUGCCAAUCAGUG